GUACGUUGAGCGGACACGCACAGUGAUAGCCGGAAGCAUCGAUGGUAGGAAAAUAAAAAUCGAUAGAAUCCACCUUUAUUCGCGAGUGUAAACCUCACUCUUCUUUUCGCGACCGUGGACUCGACUUUCUUCGUUUUCGCAGUGCCACAGUGCGGGGGAUGAACGGCAGUGGGCAGAACAGCCGCUGUAUUUGAGCGAAGUUGCUCGGUCGGGGUUUAGCUGACGUGUGGAGAAGUUGAGAGUGCCAGAGACUGAGCAGAUAAACAAACACAAACAAGCCUGCCCGAUCCGAGCAGGAACCCCAGCAGCAGCAGCAGCAGCAGCGCGGAGACAUGUCAGGGAGAGUGGCUUUCCUCUGCUGAGCCCCACUAUGACCCACGGGACAGCGUGACUUCAACUGAAACUAGCUCGAUGUCAACUGUCAACACUGGCACACAAAGACUGAAGGAAGCACAACACGAGGAGCAGCCAUAGUCUCAAGCAGCAAAGCGCUCCUCGCUUGGUUAACACACAACUAAGCUAGCGUGGACAACCAAUGAGAUUAGCCUCCAGGUUUCAACUGUGACUAAACCAAUUCAUAUUUCAGUGCAAGGAGACAGAGCACCACCACCACAAACACACACCACCCCUGGUGUCAGAAGUGGGAUCACCAUGGCCCACCAGGCAACCCCUAGCUCCCAGAAGGCCUUGAUGAUGGAGCUCAAGUCUCUGCAGGAGCAGCCAGUGGAGGGCUUCCGCAUCACUCUAGUGGAGGAAUCUGAUCUCUACAACUGGGAAGUGGCCAUCUUUGGGCCCCCGAACACGCUGUAUGAGGGAGGCUACUUUAAGGCUCACAUCAAGUUUCCAGUUGACUAUCCAUACUCCCCGCCAACCUUCCGUUUCCUCACAAAGAUGUGGCACCCCAACAUUUAUGAGAAUGGUGACGUGUGCAUCUCCAUCCUACACCCUCCCGUCGAUGACCCUCAGAGCGGAGAGUUGCCCUCUGAAAGAUGGAACCCCACCCAGAACGUCAGGACUAUCCUGCUGAGUGUGAUCUCACUGCUCAAUGAGCCCAACACAUUCUCUCCAGCCAACGUCGAUGCCUCCGUCAUGUUUCGCAAAUGGAGAGACAGCAAAGGCAAGGACAAGGAGUAUGCAGAGAUUAUCAGGAAGCAGGUGUUGUCAACAACAGCAGAAGCAGAGCGAGAUGGCGUCAAAGUGCCAACCACACUGGCAGAGUACUGUGUCCAGACCAGGGUUCCUUCCCAGGACAGCAGUUCAGACCUUCUCUACGACGACCUCUAUGAUGAUGACAUGGAGGAGGAGGAGGAGGACGACGACGACAGUGAGCUGGAAUCUGUUGGUGAAGCCGGAGGGCUUAGCACCCUGGAUGAUGACGGAAUGUCCAGCAGAUGCUACGAUAACCAGGACGACUCUGGAAACGAAGACUCAUGAUGAUCUGGAUUUUAACUCCUCCCUGCCAACCCCCCACAGCUCCUCCUCCUCCCUCCUUCUUUUAUGUGUUAAGUUACAAUUUUGUAUGUUCGUCGACGUUUCAUGUAAGUGUGUUUGUGUGUGUGCGUGCACUGGAGAGCGGACAUUCUCCGGAGACCGUGGGCCACAGAUGUCUGCCAGCCUCCCAGUUAAAUCUCUGGAUAAUGUCUGAGUGAGCUCAUGUGAGAACACAGCAGGAGAAUCUCUGGAGGAUCCACAGCAAGUGAACGGGCGAGUGUCCGGCCAGGCUCCACCCGCUCAACUGGACACUCUGGAGAUUUUCCUGCUGAGCCACACAUCUGACCAAGAGAAUCUCCCGCUGCUUUUGUCAUACGUGAACGGCAAACUCCACAGAAUGUCCCCGCCCACUUUUCGUCGGACAUUAUCCAGAGUUAAGUUGUGAAAAUGGCUUGUGUGUGCACGUGUGCUUGUGCAAGUUUGCAUCCACAGUGGGGUCAAAAGUCUACUGCCAAAACCUUUUCAUCAUUUAUUUAACUCUUACCGUGGUUUGGUCAAACUAUAGCUCUCAUUACAUAUGUUUGUUGACAAUGUCUUUUUCUAAAAGUCAGAUUUGGUGUUUCCACCGUUUGCCUUAAUUACAGUUUGCACUCUGUCAAGAAAAAAUAGUGUGUUUUUAAUGUUGGGUUACUUUUAAAGGUCCAGUGUGUAAUACUUGUGAGGGUUAACAUUUAGUUAUUGAAUAUAAUAGAGCUCUGGUAGGUGACGUCUCAUUUCAAAGUUAACACCCAGUGCGAUUCACCUCUAUAGUCAUAUAUGCUGGACAACAUAAAUCAGGCAAUAUAUCAGAGUAAUGUUUUUAUUAUAAAGGUGGAGAUGGUAGGUAGAUGUCAGACAGGCCAAGUGGAGAACAUUUUACCAGCUCUCCACAGAUCCAGAGAGACGGAGGAGGUGAAUCACUGCUAUGGAGCUACGAAGAUGGAACAAUUUCUCGUUGUUAGCUCUUAGCAAAUCAUGGACUCAGACUAGAUUUACCAAGAGACAGGCUGCACAGCAACAUACUUACUUUACAUUACACUGCCUGUAAAGUUAGGCUACAUUAUGCUAAUGAAACAGUACUAUAUUUAGCCUGUAGACUCCAUUUGUUUCCCUCCAGGCAACUUUCAGUGACUUUCCACUCUCGUAGGAUCAGAUAUUUUCAGUCUGUCACUCUCAGGCUGCCACCAUGGCGGCAAAGAGAAUCUGAGUCAUGUAACAUCUGGAGCUCUAUACACAUAAUUAUAAACGUGAAUAAAUGUAUAAUUGCUUUAAAAUAAAAAUGGAUUGCUUUUUGUAGCAACAGAGUAAGCCUUUUGUAUGUACCUGAGGUCAGGGUCUUGCUUGACUGUGGCUGCCAUUGGUGGCAUUAUGUUUCUAAAGCAAUAGAGCUUGAAUUUCACCUUUUAUAUAGGGGAGGCUAAAUGCAUGAAUGAAAAAGAAUGACAUGCUUUCUGCAAUGUGAAGGCCACUGUAUGCAGUUGGUGUUGGGGGAGUCAGAGGAGUCCUCCAUUUGUUACAAUCUCCUGUCUCACAUCAGAUGUCACUAACUCGUACACACUGGACCUUUAAUGUUUUUAAUAUGUCUCCAUUAAGGAAGCUGGAGAUUAGUCCUCUGCAGUCAAGUGAGUGAUUGAUCAUGUACAAGACACCUUAAAGGGAUCGUUCAGGUUUUAUGAAGUGAGAGAGUGUGAGGGUCUCACAUACAGUCGACAUUCUGUGUGCUGCCCGUUUGGAGAUGGAGACGGGAGAACCAGAACAUGACUUGUGCAUUGCUGUGAUGUGAGUUUUUCAGGUUUACCAUGGUACAAUAUUCUGUCAACGAUAUUCUGACUCGCAGUGUGAGUUCUAUUUCAUCUGGCAUGUCGAAUAGAAAGUAUUUCAAAUAUAGCAUACAAGAAUUUCAAAUUUGAUUGAAGCCUGUGGUGUGCUAGAGGCGGGUUUAGUGUGAUGACAACAGACGACAGACGUUCAGCAGCUUUUCUAUACAUCCAGCAUGGCAGCCACUGAAGAGUUGCUGUCUUUUAGACAUGACUGUUGCUUCCAUUUGAAGCGACUUGCGUCAAAAGGUCAUAAAACGCCAUUAUAGCCAUCGCUCCUAGAAGACUACAAGCACGUUUGUCUGCAUACGUCAUGCUGGUCAUUGGUCUGGUUGGUUGUAGGUUUAUCUGAUUGCAUACAGAGGCAUUUUGAUCACUCCUCUUGCAAGUGGGAGGUGACUCUGGAUAUGCAGUCUGACAUUAGGUAUGCUUCUCUACUUUCUUUGCUGUCCCCGAUCAAAACGAUGCUCAUGCUCUGGUUCUCCAGUCUCCCUCUCCAAACAGGCAGCAACCACUGAGCGCUGGUUACUGCACGUGAGUAAGUAACUUACACAUCCCCCACUUCAAAACCAGAACCUUAAAAUCCCUGUACUGUCCUUUAAAGGGAUAGUUCAGGUUUUUAGAGAGAGAUAUAUAUAUAUAUAUACACGCACACACAUAUAGUUGUGUGUGUUUUUGUGUUUGCUGCAUUAUCUCAUUAUUAGACGGACUUUUCUAACUGGAAACUCAAUUUUGUGAAGCUGCUGCUUCACAAAGAAUCACAUUUGAAGCAGCAGUGCAUCAACGACGUCUGUGUGCUGUGAUGUAAAAUCACGGUUUUCUCUUUGACUUUGUAAAUGAUUUACAGAGCAACACAAACUUAAGAUUCUGGUCACAAAUGGACGUCUAAGGGCGAGGUAAAGUGACAAAUACUGCACACUCUUAAGAUACAUCACAGUCUUCAGCAGGCUUAUUAGAUGAGCCUUUUGCUAAGUGGCUACAUUUUCAAAGUUUGCUUCUGUCGCUGCAGGGCAGUCAUGUAUUUAGUCACAGCGAGGUUGCAUGUCUGAUGCUGUUUUCUGGUUUUGGGCGGGGCCUUGGCACCCUUUGCGUGGUCACUGCUCGCGACGUGUCUGUCCUUCAUACAACCGCACAGUUCUUGAUAAUCCACGGUGAGCGAAUGAGCAAGCUUCUUGCAUGUUGAAGCCAGGCUCCUCCCCCUCACCUGGCUCCUCCAGAGAUUCUCGUGCAGUUGUUCUCCAGAGCUCGUGUCUGGAGUGUUUGAUAAAUGAUGAAAACCAACCGUGUCUGUGGUGGUCUCUUGAAGCCCACUGCUGCUGUUGACACUGUCUCUCCACCAUGUUGUUGUAUGUCUCUUGUCGCCAUUCUGUCCUUUUUUUUUCCCCCGCUUGUUCCUUGUAUUCUCUGGGAUGGCUCACACCGUCUCAUUCGAUGGAAGUGACCAGCUUGUGUUGUUACACUGUCCAUCAGUGUGUCCCAUGGCAGAACUCCUCUGUCCCUCCAGCGCCUAUCUUGUCAACUUUGAUACAAUCGAUGUACUUUUACAGACACAGACUCCCCUGUGGAUUCAUCACCGACCCCAUCCUGUCCAUUACAUCGGCUUCACAUAAUGGCUCCAAUCAUCGUCGUUUGUUUGGGGACAAAAAGGUUGAGACCUUUUACUCGCAUCACCUCCUCGACCUCUCUCUGCCUCUUAAACCUCAGGGCCUUGUCAGACUCUCGCUGAGAGGAAAACACAAACUUAAUACACAAACUGCUCCUCACCUCCACCCUGUUUCUUUGUUUUCUGGGUGUUAAGAGAGGGCAGAGAGUGACGUCUCCAAUUCCACCCGCCAGCGUGUUUACGCGUGACUGACCGGAUAUAGGUCCUUUAAGUUCUCUUCUCUGUAGGCUAGAGUCGCAUCAUUAAAAAAAAAAGGAAAAACAACAAAAAAACGGAAAGAAUGACCUGUAGGAAGUUUGACGUCAAGCCGGUCGUGUUAUGUUGCAAUGAAUGUGAACAUGUUGUGUUUUGCGCUGUGACUCCAGCACAUGCUGAAAUGCAACUUAGUGAAAAUUGGAUGUUGUUACUGUGCUACACUAUUGGUAAAGUCUGCUGAUCAACAUGGACGAGCUGCACAUUAGCAUUUGAAUGAAUGUGACACUGAUUGAAUGAUUGAUUGUCUGCGUGUGUGUGUAUUGACUGCAGUGUGAGGGUUGUUUUGUUGUUGUUUCUGUCUCAGAAUUUGCGUCACAUGGUCAGUUUGCCCCCCCCAAACUACCCUUUUUAUGGCAAACUGCAAACAUUCAGUGUUUUAACCCUGUGCUGUCAGGUUUUUGACAGAUUUAAAGGGGCUAUAUGUCAGAAAUAUAUUCUAUUAAGUCUUAAAAUGAUCAUGAUUUGUCAUCAGGGAAUAAGGAAAUUGCAAUCCUGGCCUCACUGAUGGCAAUGCUGGAUCCAGUAUAUUCACUUCAUUUCUUUUUCUUCUAAUGCAUGUCGGGCAGGUCGUACACUGAGAAGCGUAAUUCUGUUAAAUCAUUGAACGUCUGACAGGAACAACUGUCGCUGCUGACGUUGACGCUCCCACACUGACAGGUGAUCAGGAUGUUUAUCAGUUAUUUUUAAAUAACUGGUCAUUCUACAGUGCUCUAGCCUUAGUCAGGUGAAAAUGACAGAGCGUUGUGAUCCUCCUCCUCCUCCUCCUCCUGCUUUGAACAGAAACAAUGUUCAUGCGACCACUGUCUUUCUUUUUCUCUGCAGAAACUAAAACACACAUGUUCAAAUGCAUCAGAGAAGCCUUCACUCAUUCAUCACAGGUUUCAUUCAGCCUCAAUCCCAGAGUGACCAGGUCACUGAAGCACAGCAAACGUGCAGAAGCAAACCCUUCAGAAGAAAGUAGAGAUUAGGUUGAGGACAUGUCAUUGUGGACAACUGUUAGGGGUCAGGUCGCCGUGUUAUUAUCUGUCAUGUGAUCAUUCUCUGCCACUGUGACUCUGUUACUGUCACGUUUAACUCUCUCACUCACUGUCCACUGCUUUGUCCUCCACACGGGUCACACCCCCUGGACACGUCACUGGUCCAUAGCGGGGCAAACACACAUUCACACCUGUGGUCACUAGAGUGCUCAGUGAACUGUUAAUUAGACUCUCUAACCCAUGAAUGAACCCCGGGUGUGUGUGUGUGUGUGUGUGCGUGCAGUUUAACGUCAGGUGUAAGUGCAGCUUCUUAUUUUGGCAAGCACUUCUUCAAAUGCUGAAGGUUGCUGAUGCACAUAUUUUACAUAUAUCCCCUUUAAAUAAACACAAACUCCCGAGUAUUAAACGUCUGAACACACUGAACUGCAUAAUGUGACUAAUCUCACGGCAUCAAGUCCAGCACACGUGUGAGCUGUGGUGCGACACCGUGGAGCUCUGGGGUCAAGUUUGGAUUCACAGGGCUGGGUUUUAUGCAAAGUAGAAAUGACAUGCCCUAUGUUUUCCCGUUUUAAGACUAUGGAGCAAUGAAUGCAUGUAGUGGAUUUAACGCUGUGUGAAUAAACUCUUAUUUAAGAGAUUCCUUUUGGAUUUCAAUGUGAAGCGUAACGAGUGAACCGUUGCACUCGGUCGGCUCAGAGACUUGCUGUCAUGGAGCCACAGAGAAAACACACUCCUGAACUGGAUCUUUAAAGGGAUUUGAUUCCAAGACACAACGAGAGGUGGACUCAUGCCAGAAAUUCUGAACUUAUCUUAAAGUUUUUGCCCAUUCCUUCCCUUAUAGAGAAUAUUCAGAGAAAGCUUAUCUCGUGUGUGCCUUUUACAGAAACAGUGACAUUUAUGACACAUAUUUGCUUUGUGGAGGAGUUAAGAUCAUGUUUGUUUAUCACAAAAACAGCUCAACCCCCUAACAUUAAGAGUUAUUUCUCUCCGUUUUUUUGUCAUUUACAGAUUAUUCCGUAUCAUACACGUUCUACAUUGUGAACGAUAUAUAACACCUUUACUGAAAUAAAAGCGACGCUAACAUGAGUGGAAUCAAUCCUUCAUGUGUAAAAGAUCUUAAAGAUGAUUCUCAGUAGAUUAAAAACAUGGCUCCAGUUUUGAUCGGCGCAGCUCGUUUCAUUUCAAAAGAGCUGAGUCACGACAGCGCAGCAGCAAAUGAACCAAAGUAUGUCACACUCUCGCAGAACGUGUUCAGGUUAUCGUCAGGAUCCCAUUUUAUCUGAGAUGUUGACGUCAAAUUCAAUACGCACUGUUACAAGAGACAGAAUUUAAAUCACUUAAUUCAUGUUUGCUGUGUGUGUGUGUGUGUGAGAGAGAGAGCAUGUAUGUGCACAGGUGUGUAUGACUUUAAGGCACUUUGAGGUUCUAAGGUCUUCAUUUUAUCACACAUGGAAAGAACAGCGGUGAUCCCACGUGUACACACCUAAUGAUGUUAAUGCUGUCCUCGUUUGUUUGUUUGUUGUUUUCUUUCGUUUGGGUUUUCUUUCAGCAUUUACCUCGGUUUCUGUGAUUGUGAGGAUGGAAAUGUCACUCAUAAAGUUUCUAUUGUAAAAACAGAAAAA